AUGUUUUGUAAUAUUUCUAGAGCUCCUGGUAAAGCGGGCUCGCGUUUAUUUACGCUCCCUGCAGCCAGAAGCUUUUCUUCUUCCUCCUUGCGUUGCUCCAUCGGUUCCCGAAAGGUUUCCAUGAGCAACUUUGAAAAGUCUAAGUUUAUUAACUACCAACGCAUCCAAGACAAUUUGGAAGUUGUCAAAAAGAGAUUGCAACGACCCCUUACCUAUUCUGAAAAAAUUUUGUACGGUCAUUUGGAUGACCCUGUCAACCAAGACAUUGAGCGUGGUGUCUCUUACUUGAAGCUUCGUCCCGACCGUGUUGCUUGCCAAGAUGCUACUGCCCAAAUGGCUAUCUUGCAAUUCAUGUCCGCUGGAAUGCCCGAAGUUGCCGUCCCCACCACUGUCCACUGUGAUCACUUGAUUGAAGCUUUUACUGGUGGUCCCGAAGAUUUGGAACGUGCCAAUGUCACCAACAAGGAAGUUUACAACUUUUUGUCGAGUGCUUGUGCCAAGUACAACAUUGGUUUCUGGCGCCCUGGCUCCGGUAUCAUUCACCAAAUCCUUCUUGAGAACUAUGCCUUCCCUGGCGGUUUGUUGAUUGGUACUGACUCUCACACUCCUAACGCUGGUGGUCUCGGUAUGGCCUCCAUUGGUGUUGGUGGUGCUGAUGCCGUCGAUGUUAUGGCCAACUUGCCCUGGGAAUUGAAAUGCCCCAAGGUGAUUGGUGUCAAGUUGACUGGUCAAAUGAGCGGCUGGACUGCUCCCAAGGAUGUUAUUCUUAAGGUUGCUGGUGUCCUGACCGUCAAGGGUGGUACUGGUGCCAUUGUCGAAUACUUUGGCCCCGGUGUCGAAUCUCUUUCUUGCACUGGUAUGGGUACUAUUUGCAACAUGGGUGCUGAGAUUGGUGCCACUACUUCUAUCUUCCCCUUCAACUCUCGUAUGUCUCAGUACCUCCGUGCUACCAGCCGUUCCGACAUUGCUUCUUAUGCCGAACAAUUCGCUCCUGUCAUUGCCGCUGACGAAAACGCUCCUUAUGAUGAAGUUAUCGAAAUUAACCUCAGCACCUUGGAACCCCAUGUAAACGGUCCUUUUACUCCUGAUUUAGCUACUCCUAUUUCCAAAUUCAAGGAUGCCAUCAAAGAACACAAAUGGCCUGAAGAGCUUAAGGUUGGUUUGAUUGGUUCUUGCACCAACUCUUCUUACGAAGACAUGUCUCGCGCUGCUUCUAUUUGCCAACAAGCUACCGACAAGGGUAUCAAGACCAAGUCUCUCUUCACCAUCACUCCUGGUUCCGAACAAGUUCGUGCUACCUUGGAGCGUGACGGUCAAUUAGAGACCAUGAGAAAGGCUGGUGGUAUCGUUCUUGCCAACGCUUGUGGUCCUUGCAUUGGUCAAUGGAAGCGUACUGAUGUCCAAAAGGGUGAAAAGAACUCCAUCGUUACUUCCUACAACAGAAACUUCACUGGUCGUAACGAUGCUAACCCUGCUACCCAUGCUUUCGUCACUUCUCCCGAUCUUGUAACUGCUAUGGUCUUCGCUGGUGACAUGAACUUUAACCCAUUAACCGACACCUUGAAGGACGCUAAUGGUAACGAAUUCAAGUUUGAUGCUCCCAGUGGUGCUGGUCUUCCUUCUAAAGGUUAUGAUGCUGGUUCCGACACCUACGUCGCUCCCCAACCUGAGAACAUUUCUGAUGUUGACAUUGAUCCCAAGUCUCAACGUUUGCAAGUUCUUGCUCCCUUCAACAGAUGGGAUGGCAAGGACGCUAAAGGCUUGAAGGUUUUGAUCAAGAGCAAGGGCAAAUGUACUACUGAUCACAUUUCUGCUGCCGGCCCCUGGUUGAAGUACCGUGGUCAUCUCCAAAACAUCUCCAACAACUAUAUGAUUGGUGCUGUUAACGCUGAAAACGGUGAAGCUAACAAGCUGAAGAACCAACUUACUGGUGAAUAUGACACUGUUCCUAACGUUGCCAUUUCUUACCGUGACAAUGGUAUUCGCUGGGUCAGUAUUGGUGAGCAAAACUUUGGUGAAGGCUCUUCUCGUGAACAUGCCGCUCUUGAGCCUCGCUACUUGGGUGGUACUGCUAUCAUCACCAAGUCUUUUGCUCGUAUCCACGAGACCAACCUCAAGAAGCAAGGUUUGUUGCCUUUGACUUUUGCUGAUCCUGCUGCCUAUGACAAGAUCACCCCCUUCGACUCUGUUGAUAUUGUCGGCCUUCCUUCUUUCCAACCCAGACAGCCUUUAACCUUGGUUGUUCAUCCCGCUGAUGGUUCCGCUGAAUGGAGCACUCCUCUUAACCACACCUUCAACCAAGACCAAAUCGCUUGGUUCAAGGCUGGUAGUGCUUUGAACCACAUGGCUGACAUGCAUACUAAGCACUAA